GUCUGCCAGAAGUCCCUGGAAGUGAGCCCUUAUGCGGAACCGAAGUGCACGCACGUAUUCUCCUGCGACAUCAAAGAGUCAGCUCGUCGUUUCAUCAUGACUUUCCGCCGGCCCCAGUACCUCUUCGGCGACAUGGCGGGCGCGUCUGCCCCGCGAGCUUUCGAUCACAUAUCUUCCAGCACAGUUGGAGUGCCAGGCAGUCUUGACGUUCUCAUCGCCGGGUUUGUUUGCGGGGACGUCAGCUCGCUGAAUGCGCACCAGGGCGCCAACAAGGACUGCGUCGCGAAGGGCACCAAGAGGACUGGCAGCACAUUCAGGGGAGUUUUAGACUACGUGGCGUCCAGGUUCCCCCGCGUCAUGUUGCUCGAGAACGUCGAGGCCAUCAAUUGCAAACCUGACGAUGGGGUGGGGCCGAGCAACGGCGAGGCUGUUUGCGCGGCCUUGCGCCGCAUCGGUUACGCCGUUAGGAUGGUGACCCUUCAGCCUUCGGACCACGGCGUGCCUCAGCGUCGCCGUCGCUGCUGGUUCAUUUGUUGCCUCGUGAAGAACGGCGACGUGUCAGACAGCGGGAAUUCGCAGGAGCUUGAGAAGUUCUUGGACUCGACCGUUCGCGUGGUGAAGGACUUGAUGAUUCCCCAUUCGUCUCUGGACAUGGUCCUCAUGCCCGCCAAGAGCCCCGAGCUGCGCGCGUGGCAGGACCAGCGCACGUCCAUCCCCGACGAGCCGCAGGAGCCCGCCACGAAGGCGAUGAAGUGGAAGGAGCUACACAAGGCCACUUUCAGGGCAAAGGGCUUGCGUUGGCCGCCGGAGAUGGAGAACAUCUACGAUUCGCGGGACCUCGAGCUCAUCCAGCAGUUGCCGUUGAGGUCUCGCGAGGUGAUAGCGUUCCACGACUUGACGAACCCGAUGUCCGGCCCGAUGUCUCGUUUGCAGCCUGGCGAUGAGAUCGUCGUUGACGUGAGCCAGAGCAUUAACCGAACGACAGCGGCUUUGAACCUCGCGCCGUGCGUGUGCCCCGAGAGCUUGCUUUGGAUGCGCCGCAGGCGUCGCCUGGUCGAACCCAACGAGGAGCUGGCGCUGCAGGGUAUGCCCAUCUACGACGAGGCCGACUUGAGCGCCUUCAGCCAUCGGGAGGUUCGCGACCUCGCAGGCAUGGCGUUUUGCGGCCAUAACGUCUUGGCCUUGCUGUUCGCGGUGUUCUCGACGCACCACUUCCCCGACAUCUUGGCAGGCCCCAGCCUGCCGGCGAGCACGCCGGGCACCGACAGCCCUUUCUGGCCCUGA